AGCACUUCAGUUGAGCACUUUCCAAGAAAUUUCGAAGAAACACAUAAAUUCCAUUCACUUUUUGCUUUCUCAUCUCAUUUUGAACACUCUCAAGUCCAGCAGGAAUCCAAGUCAAUGAAGAUCAUCACCAUCAUCAUCAUUAGCAUCAUCAUCAUCAUCAUUAUCCAUCCAAUUACAGCAACUUCCACACACCUUCAUCCCAAUAUAUCUAAAUCCCAGCUUCAAGCAUCUCAUCACCAUUUGAUCCUCAACUUGUUCACAAACUUGCAUAGAAGAAGAUGGUUGAAGGGAGGCUAGGGGAGCGGUUAGGACUGAGAGAGGAUGUGAUUCAAAGGGCUUGCAGAUUGUCCUUGAAGGCUCAUGACAAGGGGAAGCCAUACCUCCACGAAAAAACCCGGGGCUCCACCGAUGUUUUCUUGGCCUUCCCCGGAUCAUGGUGUGUGGAUGACUGGUACACUAGGGAUCCCUUUGGUGAAGUUAAGGUUGAUGUCUCCAUGUUUCCAUGUAUAAGAAGUGUUGGCAAUGAAGAGAUUGGUUUGGUUAAUGAGGCUUUUGCUAGGAGGUUUGAGGCCUUAUUGAAUAGAUCAUCACUUGCAACUGAGGUGGAGAAAGCUAUGUCUGAGGGAAAGCAGAUCAUCUUCACCGGGCACUCAUCGGGAGGUGCAACGGCUGUCCUGGCAGCCAUUUGGUGCUUUGAGAAGCACAUAAGAUCCAAUCCUUCUCAGACAAUGCCACUCUGUGUAACUUUCGGAUCACCUCUAGCCGGGAACCACGUCUUCUCGCACGCUCUGAGGCGUGAGAACUGGUCCCGUUGCUUCUUCCACUUUGUGAUGAGGCACGACGUCGUGCCACGGAUAACCCUAACCCCUCUCUCGAGCAUCCAGCCGUGGCUGCAGGCUGUCCUCGAGUCUCUCAACCCGAGAUCACAGUUUCACCUGCAGGACUCCUCUGCAGCGUCCGGCUUCCUCCUCUCGGUCAUGAGGAACGCGCUGUCCGUGGCCAGCCACGCCGCGUGCAUCCUCAAGGGCUGCACCAGUUUGCUCCUGGAGACUGUUGCAAGCAUAGUUGAUCUCAGCCCUUACCGCCCUUUCGGGACCUUUAUCUUCUGCCCCGGGAAUGGGAAGCUCGUCGUGGUGGACAAUCCGGACGCCGUGCUGCAGUUGUUCUUCUUCUGCCUUCAGCUCAGCCCUGAGGAGGAGAACACAGAGUUUUUGUGUAAAAUGAUGAGAGACCAUUUUUUAUAUGAAAGUGAAUUGCAAGAGAGCCUAAAUAUGCAAGAUGUGACAUAUUUAGACAGCCUUGUGAAUAUCCCUUUAGAGGCUCAUUCCACUUCCAAAUAUUCAGCUGCACUCAAUGAUCUUGGCAUUAUGGCGCAAGCGCGGCUAUGCCUUCGUGCAGCGGGGGAGCUGGAGAGGCAGAGGAUGGAGAACCAGAGGAGAAUAGACUCCAACCGAGACAGCAUCAAAGAAGCACUGAAAAAGAUACAUGACUACAAAACCAGCUGUGAGAUUAGGAAGAUUGGCUACUAUGACACAUUCAAACUCCAAAAGGACAUAACUGACUUCAAUGCCAAUGUGAAGAGGCAGGAGCUCUCGGGGAUAUGGGACGAGAUCGUGGAGAUGAUCAAGCGAUACGAGCUGCCAGACGGGUUUGAAGGGCGGAAGGAGUGGGUGGAGCUAGGGACGUUGUUUAGGCGGCUGAUGGAGCCGCUGGACAUCGCAAACUACUAUGGGCAUUUGCUGAACGAGGACACGGGGCCGUACAUGGUGAAGGCGAGGCCGAAGAGGUACAGGUUUACGCAGAAGUGGAGGGAGCACGCGGAGGGGAUGGGGGCCGGGGGGAGCGCUGAGACGACGUUUUGGGCGGAGGUGGAAGAGCUGAGGGAGAAGGGGUAUGAGGAGGUUAAGGGUGAGGUUUUGAGGUUGGAGGAAGAGUUGUUUGGAUGGGUUAGGGAUGGAUGGGUGGGGAGAGAUGUGUUUUUGGAGGGUUCUACUUUUGCUAAGUGGUGGAAGACACUACCUCUUGAGCAUAGGUCUGGUUCUUGCAUUGCAGCCUACUUCAAGAAUUGAAGUUUUGGUUUUUUUGAAUAAUAUGGGUGGAGCUAAAUUGCACCCCAAAAUACAUCAAUAACAUCUCACUUGGUAAGACA